CCGUCGUUCACCGGCGCCUCGCCCAAUCGAGCCGAAGGUGGAGCCGGCUUCACCCAAUACGCGUGGCGAGGAGGCGGGCGGCAGGUGCUGGCCCAGAGCGAAGCGCUCUUUUGCCGCCCCCCCUUCCGCUCUGCCUGUCGCCGGGCCGCUCGGGCGCUGCGCUGACGGCAGCUGGGGGCCGCCGCCUCCGAGGGGACCGCCCGCGGCUCAGGUGCUGCCACCCUCCUGAAAAUAUGGGGUCUGAAAACCCAAGUCCGCAGAAUCCUGGCUGUAAGAUUAUGACCUUUCGUCCCACCCUUGAGGAGUUCCGGGACUUUGGGAAAUACGUUGCAUACAUUGAAUCACAAGGAGCUCACCGAGCAGGGCUUGCCAAGGUGAUUCCUCCCAAGGAGUGGAAGCCCAGAAAAACCUAUGAUGACAUAGAUGAUAUGGUUAUCCCAGCUCCCAUUCAGCAGGUGGUUACUGGCCAGUCAGGAUUAUUCACACAGUACAAUAUACAGAAGAAACCCAUGACCGUGGGAGAGUACCGGCGUCUGGCUAACAGUGAGAAAUAUUGUACGCCACGCCAUCAAGAUUUUGAAGACUUGGAGCGCAAGUACUGGAAGAAUCUCACUUUUGUCUCACCAAUUUAUGGGGCUGAUAUCAGUGGCUCUCUGUAUGACACAGAUGUGGAAGAAUGGAAUAUUGGCAAUCUGAACACCCUGUUAGACAUGGUGGAACAUGAGUGUGGUAUUAUUAUAGAAGGUGUAAACACUCCCUACCUCUACUUUGGGAUGUGGAAGACAACGUUUGCUUGGCAUACAGAAGACAUGGAUCUCUACAGUAUCAACUACUUGCAUUUUGGGGAGCCAAAAUCCUGCAGUGUCUUCAAGUGGGCUCCUGCUCCUCUGAUGCAGUGUUCAAUGUGUGUGGCUGGUUUCACCAGCACUAAUAAUUCAUUGCAGCUCAGUAGACCCACUCUGCGUUGAGAGAAACGUGCCUUUGAUCCAAUAAGGCAUCCACUUUCGCUGAAAGUCAUUCUUGUGUUUUGAAAGAGUCUGCUCAAAGCUGAGGCCUGAUUUGAAAUGAAGAUCUGUGGAAGUCUGACAGGAUCACAGAUUGGUUUUAAUAACUGAGCUGUUUGAACAGUGCACUCUGCUGCUGGGACUAGAUGGGAGGGAUAUGUGCUUCCAUGCUUCGUGUAACUCUUUCAGCCUGAUCUGACUUGAGCUCUGUGGGAGACUGAGCUUGCAAAUUUUGGCUUGGCACGGCCCUGAAAGUGAGUUGGUUGGGUGAGGAGGAACCAACCAUGAUGCUGCUUGUCUUUAUUCAUGUUUUGUUAACACAUUGGCGGACAUCACCAGGGACUUUUUUUCCUUUGCACAGCAGAGAAAACUGAUGAUGGGUGAUGCCACAUACAGUACAGGUAUAGUUUAAAAGAACAGAAGCCUAUAGCAAUGACAGCACUUAAAUAGUACUCUGCAUUUUUGAGGUGCUGUGUGGCUGGUAACUAGUUAAUAUUCUGAGUAAUCUCUGCUGGGGUUCUGGACACUUCUUCUCAAAGAGGACAAUCAACGUAGCAUGGGGGAUCUGGGAGAAGAAAUAAAGGAAAUUUUAUGAAGCGCCACUGAUUUUUAUCAGACCUUAACUGUAGCACUUCCAUUUUGAUGCUGGCUAGUGCAAAGGCACUUGCUUCAGCGUGGAUGUUGCUGGAGCCUGUGACAGUGUAGUUCGAUGAACGAGAUGAUUUUAUCUUUGGAACAUUUUUUCCCUCAGAAAGGAAAGUAUGUAUGGAGGCAUUGCAUCUCUGGCACAAGGGGUUUCCCCAUCCAAAGAUACCUGUUUCUAUAGAGCAGAUUCUGUUUAGGCUGCUGUAGGAAGUUCCCCAUAUCCUUUUCCAAAAGCAGUGAACAGCAGCAGGCAGUGCUCAGGAAGGAGGAGGGAGUUCGCAGAGGCUGCUUGGUGCAAGAUGAGAACAUCUGUGAUGUCUCUAGUUACCUUAUUUUGUUGUUGUUAUUGUUGUUCCUUGAAUUGUGUUGAUGUCUUUUUAUAAUGUAAAGUCUUUGAAGAGCAUUUUUCGCUUUUCCUUUAGUAUUGGAUACUGUAGCAAUAUAAAGAACCAGUAAUUAAUAAUGUGAUUACCAGUUUUGAGAAAGAAAUCUGAUGUGAACAGGUUUUUCAGAACAAAGAACAAAGAAUGGCAUGAGGAUGCAUAUAUUACAGUCAUUCAUUACCGUUGAGUUGUACACUAAUUAUCUUAGCCAAAAGCAAUAUAAAUAAAAGAUUCUAUCGUGUUGUUUCCUAAACACUUUUUCUUAGUAAAACACGUGCUUCCCACUACCUAUUCACCGCAUAUGGUGGAAAACUAUGGGUGUAUUUUGUAUGUGUGUCACUCCAUUGUGAUUUGUAAAUGUCUGCUCUGGGCCUGCAUUUGUUGCAGGACGACCAGAUGGUUGUUCAUAUGUAAACUCCUCUUUUAAAGUAGUAUUUAAGAAUUGCAUUUUAGUUGUGGAAAAAAACUCUUACAGUUAUUGAAAUCUAAGUGAGAAAAGUGAUAUUAGUUAAUUGCCUAAUGGAAAAAAUUCUGUAGCUCAAGUGCCACUCGUAACAAUUUGUACUGCUUUAAAAUCAGAAUUUGAAAAAUCUACUGCCCAGUGUGUGUUUCUUGAAAAUCUGUCUCUAGCCCAUGGUAGCCUAUAUGAUUGACACAAUUUAGCUUUGACUGUUCCAACAGUUGAUCCAUAAGGGUUCAGUAUGAAGCCCAGAAUGACUAGAAAUAUUCUGCCAAAUGCUAUUGGACAAUAAAUUUUAGAGUAAUUACACAAAUAUCAAUUUCUUAAGGGAAGGAGGAAGUUUCUCAUCUCGCAUACUGUUCUGUUAGGAGCAAACCUACUUGUCUUUUUUCUGUAUUGUGGUUGACAGCAGAGUUGAUAAUUAGACAGCAGUACUGAUGGAGAAGGGAUCAUAUCAUGGGAAAUAUGCUACACAGACCCUUUCUGAGCAGGUUUUGUCCUGAUUUUCUUCCUGUGUUGGCUUCCAAAGGGUUGCAUUUGAGCAGCUGACUGCAGAGCUCAUUUCUCUCUGAGCUUUAGAAGAUGGGCUGAUUUGGUGUGCUUGUAAUCUUGUUCUGUCAUUACCUACUUACUCCUUAUUAUGGCUUUUCGAGGAGAUACUCAGAAGCCUCUGUGUGUUUCUUUCUUUCUAUGUGUAUUUCAAUAAAAAUGUCAUUAUUUGGUAUCGUUGACACUGCUGGUUAAAGGUACUGAAUUCUAGCAUCUAUUCUCUUGUAAAAUGAUCCAUUAAAGAUAAAACUGCAGACACUCAAUAAAGGUUUUUUCCUAGGAACAAGAAGCUCUCUGAUCAGUACGAGAUCUUAUCUCUACAACACAUGUUUACAUUCUUGAUGUGAAGGAAUCACAAGCGAAGGGGAUGGAUGAGGGAGCCCAGAGAUUUUUUUUCUUUCUGAAUGGGAUUGCAAGAAGUGAAACUGCAUGCUUAAAGCAGAUUCUCUGCUGGAUAACCUCCGAUACUGAUGAGAAGAAGAAAGGGAGUUGAUUGCUGUCUUUUAACAAACAGAGAGGGAGAAAGGGAUGACCACAGGGGGUAGGGAGCUGACAGUGCUGUCCUCUGAAAAACAGGAUCACAGAAUCAGAAAGGUUGGAAAAGACCUUCAAGAUCAUCCAGUCCAACCAUCCACCCUUCACCAAUAGUACUCACUAAACCAUAUCCUUCAACACAAACUCCAAACAUUCCUUGAACACCUCCAGGGUCGGUGACUCCACUGCCUCCCUGGGCAGACCAUUCCGGUGCUUGGACCACUCUUUCAGAAAAGCAGUAUUUUGUAACGUCCAGCCUAAAUCUCCCCUGGCGCAGCUUGAAGCUGUUCCCUCUGGUUCUAUCACCAGUUACACGAGAGAAGAGGCUGACCCCCAGCUCACCACAACCUCCCUUCAGGUAGAGAGCAAUAAGGUUUCCUCCGAGCCUCCUCUUCUCCAGGCUGAACAAUCCCAGCUCCUUCAGCUGCUCCUUAUCAGGCCUGUGCUCCAGACCUCUCAUCAGCUUUGUUGCCCUUCUUUCAACCCCCUCCAGGGCCUCAAUGUCUUUCUUGCAGUGAGAGGCCCAAAACUGGACGCAGUACUCGAGAUGCGGCCUCACUAGAGCUGAGUACAGGGGGACAAUCACUGCCCUGCUCCUGCUGGCAACACCAUUCCCGAUGCAAGCCAGGAUGCCAUUGGCCUUGGACACCUGGGCACACUGCUGGUUCAUAUUCAGCCGAGCAUCAAUCAGUACCCCCAGGUCCAUUUCCUCUAUGCAGUGUUCCAACCACACCGCCCCAAGCCUGUAGCGUUGCCUGGGGUUGUUGUGGCCAAAGUGCACUACCCAGCAUUCGGCCUUAUUGAAACUCAACCCGCUGGCUUCAGCCCAGCUAUCCAGCCUGUCCAGAUCCUUCUCUAAGGCCUUGGUACCCCUAGGCAGAUCCACACUUCCAGCCUUGGUGUCGUCAGCAAACUUACUGAGGGUGCGAACGAUCCGUUCUUGGUGUUAAAAGCCCUAUUUUGAGACAGGUUUCAAAACCAACUUAAAGAAUAGAGCAGAACAACUUCUAGAGCUUUAGUUUUAUACUACUAGGAGAUGUUACAUUGUAAUUGUUGAAACCUUAGGUCUCAGAACCAGCGUUUGGACAGCAAACGAGGGGCUCCCCAGCGUGUAGUAGUGGCUCUUAGUGGCUUCUAUUGGGCGAUAAGUGUACCUGACAGAGAAAGGGAUUUUUAAUUUAUUCAUUGGCUUUGAUAGCACUGUUGCAGUUAUGGGAGCUAAAGAUUUUGAGGACUACAGCUCAGAUUAUGCAUUUAUAGACAACUUUCUCUUACAGAGAUUGGAAUAAUAGCUCAUCACCACUGGGAGUAGGUUGGCAUUUGUAUCUUCAAAGGGUCAAUAUUUUUGGCACAGCUAAAUCUGCUUUGAAGACAGAUAACUAACUCUGUGUGACACACGUUCUUACGUAUUUUAAACAUCCUGUUCAGUUUUUCUUUCUUUUCCUUAUUUCAGUAAUUAUUGCAUGUUAAACUGUAUGGGCCCUGUUUGGCCAGACCUUGUGCAGACACUGUGAAAUUAACUUUCAUACCUUCUAAUGUGAAUCAGAGUGAAAUGACAUUUUUGAAGCCUUGCAGCUGAAUCUCCUGUCCAUAGUGCCCAAGUUCUACUAGAAAUUAGAUGCAUGAGGCUUAGUAAUCUAGUAGUUGCUUAGUUGUUCUGUUUUGGUGGAGGAGGUGCUGGGUAUGGAGUGCAUGGUGGGGAAGGAAGGCAUUGUAACUAACAAAAUCUGUGUGUGUGUCACAACUGUAGCAGGUAAAGGUCUCAGAAGCCUUGAGAGACUCUUGACCUAAGGGAUGGGAUGCUCUGAUGCUCUGCCAAAGCUAAUGACAGCUCCAGGUGAGAACAGUGCCUCCUAAACCUGGGGGGGAGGGUGUGAGUGGGCCGAGGGUUGCCUGAGGCAGAAUUUUUAAUAGCUUUGAAGACAAAAUUGAACAUACCCUCCUGCUUGGAUGAAGCAGCCUUGAGGUCGGAAUCUGAGCUAGUCUGGUAGGUCCCUGAAGAAGAUCUGAUGCUGUAAAUGGUGUCAUUGCAGUAGUGAAUUCCUCACUGUGUCAUCUUUUAAUGGCUUCUAAACUUGCAUCCUUGCGUCCUGGGAUGGUCAGUGUACUUUCUUUAUUUACUGACACAUUCAUGUAAUUCUUAACUCGCAAGACAUUUGCUUAUUUAUUUUCACUGUUCCUGAUAAUAAUUCUAAGCCAUUAGAGGGGAAAAUUGUAUUCAGAAAUGCUGUUUCACACUUUAUUUGUUCGAUGAUGUACAGCGAUAGAAAAUAGCACAUUUGCUGGCUUUUAUAGUCUGAUAAUUAUCAACAUCCAUCAAACCAUUCCAGGGGAAUAAACAAAACACCAAGAAAAUUACACUAUUAAUGACAUCCUUUAUGGCAAAUGGAAAAGAUCCUUUGCAUUAAGGGUGAAAAGGGGACUGCCCAGUUAGACUUGCUACUUGUUAACAAAAGCAAACUACUGCUGUUUGUAAAUCAUAGAAACACAGAAUGGUUUAGUUUGGAAGGAACCUUUAAGAUCAUCUAUGAUUAUCUUACACAUUUGUACUUUGGGGCAUGCACCUUCUAGACCUGUGAUCUCAAUGUGUGGUAACUACAAGCAGAAUGAGGUUUGAGGGAUCCUCAAGAACUCAGAAUAUUAUGUGGAAGUAGAGGUCAGUUUUGCUAGAAUUUAAGUUUUGUGAAACAAGUUUGGAAGUUGAGAAUUUUUCACGUAGAGCAGCAAAGUUCCAUUUUUGAAGAAGUGAUAUUUAAUCUAUUUCAGGGGCCUGCUCUUGUUUUAGCAGAAAGUGUAGGAAAAGGUAAUUUAGAAGAAUCACUAUAUUACUUUCAGAUUGUUGACUUCAGGGAAGAUGAUAUUUGAGUCACACAGCUAUAACAAUUUUUUAUCUUGAGACUUUUUUCUGUUCUGUAAAUCUUGUGUUCCCUGGCAAAGCAGCAAGACGUUAUUCAUGUUGUAAUCCCACAGACUACAGCAUGACAGUUUUUCAGGUAUUUUGGCCCUUUCUUGGUUUGUUUGUGUAUGGGAACUGCUGAGUCACAGCCUGAACCUCUGAUUGAUCACCUGAGGCGAGCCGUGAGUCAGCCAGAGGAGCACAGGUGAAGGCAAUUCAAUUCACCUGUGCUGCCGGAAGGGGUGGAGCCAGGCUGCACCUCUCCUAGACCUAUUG